GAUUUAUGAUAAAUACACAGUUAUCAGUUGAGGUGGUUUCUGUGUAUCUCAAUCAGAUGAGAGUUGCUUUAUAAGUCACUGUCAGUCAGGCUGUACUAGGUUCAUACUGUCUGGUUCAACAAGCCUGGAUAACAAACCAUGAAGGGCUCAGUAAUAUCUGUUUUGGUUGUCUUGGCUGUGUUGGACAGAUUGGCUGGUGGACUGGAACACAGAUCGUAUGACUACACGAAGUACCACACCAUGGAUGAGAUCGGCUUCAAAAGCACCACACCCAAGAAAGCUGUUUGGAUGGACUGUGGGAUUCAUGCCAGGGAAUGGAUCGCUCCAGCCUUCUGCCAGCAUUUUGUUAAAGAGAUCCUGGGCUCCUACAAAACAGACUCGAAUGUGAACAUGUUGUUUAAAAACCUGGACUUCUAUAUCACCCCAGUGCUAAACAUGGACGGAUAUAUUUAUUCCUGGAGGGAUAAGACAACUCGACUAUGGAGGAAGUCCAGAUCACCAGGGACUGGAAACUGCACAUGUUUUGGCACUGAUCUUAACCGCAACUUUUAUGCUAACUGGGGGAUGGUGGGGAUCUCCAGGGACUGCUGUUCAGAUAUCUAUAAUGGACCGACUGCUCUGUCUGAGCCAGAGGCCAAAGCUGUCACGGACUUUUUGGGAGCACAUCAAAAUGAAGUGCUCUGUUACCUCACCAUCCACUCGUACGGUCAGCUGAUCCUCAUCCCCUAUGGACACCCCAACAUCUCAGCACCCAAUUAUGAGGAACUGAUGGAAGUAGGUCUUGCUGCAGCUAAAGCCAUCAAAGCAGUGCAUGGGACGAGCUACAAAGUGGGCACUGCACCUGAUAUACUGUAUGCAAAUUCUGGCACGUCACGUGAUUUCGCGAGGCUCAUAGGGAUCCCAUACUCCUUUACGUUUGAGUUACGAGAUAAAGGGAACUACGGCUUCAUUCUUCCUGAGGAUCAAAUCCAGCCCGCAUGUGAAGAAGCGUACCAGGGAGCAAUGUCCAUCGUAAACUACGUCCAUGAUAAGAAUUUCAAAAGUGCGGCGACCACAGCCACACUGUGAACAACACUGACCGCCUGAUGAAUCUCAAGCGCUAAUGUGUUUUAGACCACUAUAUCAAAAUCAAUCAUGUGAUUUUAUUUUUCAAAUUUUUCUCUUUUUUUUUCUUUUAUGCUCAAAAAAGUAUUGUGUAACAAAAACCACCUGGUUUGAUAUUUUACUGUCUAAUGCAAUAAAAUCAGACAUGUGUAUGCUAAUGUUUUGUUGUCACAUUUUGCCAGUGUUUUUCAGUUUUUGUUAUAAAUAGUUAAAAUCCAAUUUAGUGGGGGGAAAAUGCAUAAUGUGCACAGCAUAUGCUACAU